AUGGAUUUCGGUGAGGAGGAUGGCUACGAUGUUGACAUUUUCAAUGAUCAAGGUAGCGACACGGAGAUCAAGUCGGCGAUUGAAGCCCAGCUUGCCGACUUGGAAGUGGAUGCUAUGUUCGACUAUCCCGCUGGAGCAGGGCAGGUCUUCCGCUCCUGCGUGGGCAGAGUCUGCGACAACUGCGGCUACGAAGUCAGCGGAAUGCACGGGUCGCAGGAGCGCGUCGUGGUGGGAAAUUUGGCAACGGCCAUGGUCAAGCUCCAUACAGACCUUUCCUCUGGCACAGUGGAGUUUGGGCGCGAGAUCUCUCGCUUGCAGAAGGAAGCCAUUCGAAGGGAAGCGCGGCUAAAGGGAUAUGCCGUCGUCGAGGAUGAGACGGGCCUGAAGGUGUCGCGUAUGUCCAUACUGGUUCCCGAGUCGGA